AUGUUAACAGAAUCUACUUGCACCUUUAAUUCAACUAAUUGCAAAGGAGUGAUUAGACAAAUUACUAAUAAUAUAAAAAUUCUACUUACUGAAGAAUACAAUACUGAAACUUUUGUAAAAGACUACAGACCAUUACUUAAAGAACUUGGACGUGAUCGUAGAAUCUUCAAUAAAGAACUUCAUAAUGAGUUCCAUAACAAAGACAUACCCUAUAAUCCAAAAGAAAAAGGAUGUACUGUUACGUUUGCAGAAAUGGCCUCCAAAAAUCUAGAUGUAGGCAACAACCGUAACACCUCUCUGACUCCACCUGUUGGCGAAACUCUGGAGGAGACAAAACUUAUUAUAAAUGCUGAAACUGCUAAAACCUUGAGAGGUUUAGGCAGGCAACCUUAG